ACACCAGAUAUAUCUGAGCUAAAACUUAGUAUAAAUGUUAACGUGGCACGACCGAAUGGUGAAAAUGAGCUACAGUUCUACUGUGACUUUACACCGCGUGCAAACACAAAUUACUAUUACAAAGUAGUAUGGGCACUCUCGCACGGUUCAAGUUGGGUCCACCAACUCCAUCAAUCAGAACCAGUACAAUAUUUAAGUCAGGGUGAUUUUCGCCAAAACACUAUGAUGACAGAGCGACAUUUAAAGGCACCAACAUAUUUUGGAUUGGGUGUAACGAUUGCUUGUUCUAUAACUGCUAGCAUCGACCCCGCUACCCCAGAAAGCGCCCCCGUCAUUAGCCCGGAAAGGUUCUGUGGCAUAAGAGCUUUAAACAGAUCAAGCCAUGUGGCCAUUCAUAACGACAAAGGCGCUGACAUACAUUACGAGCUUACAAUUCCGUUUGGGUGUGAACAGGGCUUUGAAAGCGACUCAUUUUGCUACUUGGAUGUAAUACUGUUUAUCCCACAAUCCACUACAAACUGUAAUAAACCAGAUGCAAUACAAAGCAACAGUGAGACAAACUCAUGCGGUCUACGAUUUUACCGGUCUGAUAUCGGAAAACCAAAGAAACUAUCCGUCCAAGCUAAGUUCCCACAUCCAAACGCUUACUUAAGUCAGCAAAUGAUACUUACCUUGACUACCGUUAACUAUUUAGCUCAUCCAUUUUUCAAUGGCUACGCCGUGGAUAAAGUACAGGUCACUGUGUCGACAGACCAAGCUGUCAUAAAUAACAAAGGUUGUUACGCAGUAUGUGACCCGCAUAUGAUGUCGUUCGACGGACUAGACAAUAUACAGAUUAUGACACAACCUUGUUUCAACAAUGGACAGACACCACACUGUGUGUGUGGAGUUGCUGUCCAGGCCGGAAGUGACGUUUUCGUUAUAAGCACUUGUGCAAGGGUGCUUGACAUCAGGUUUAUACAGUGCGGUGAUGGAAUUCUCCGGGAGAAAGUAAAUGAAGUUUCAAAGACGAAAUACCGUGUUACUUUACCGAGUGGAAGCUACGUCGAUAUAAGCCUUGUUGAUUUUUUUUUAAUGAACGUGCACGUAACUCCAUCAGUAGCUGACUUUAAUAAAACUUCAGGCUUAUGUGGUUCGUUUGAUGGAAACAUAAACAACGAUCGGCUCAAAAGACCGGGUUCUACUGAUAAUGACCCAAACAGAAGCUGGAUGGUCCAAGCAAAAGAUAAUCUAUUCAACGAAAAUGUCGUUUUGUCGCAUUGGGAUGAUCAGUAUCGUUUCUGUACAUGUGACAGCCAAGAUGUUAAACCCAUAAAUACUGCUACUUGCGAUGUUGAGACAAAGAAAAUAUGCGAUGUGAAACCAGUAUUUAAAGACAGGUGUGUGGACAAAAAACGCAGGAAAAGGAGAUCAGGAAAUGGCAAAUAUAAACCGACAGACGAGGGUGAUUUCCAUCAAACUGUCAAACUCGCUUUUGUAUCAAAAUACCGGGACCAUUUUAACCAACGACAGCAUCGGUCAAUCAAGCAGUAUACCGAAGAAACUGCAAGACAAGAUUGCAUGCAGUUGCUGAACACCACAGCUUUCCAAAAGUGUUCCAAUGUGCCAGGUCUUGACUUCACAGCAACUAUAAAUAACUGCAUACUCGACGCUCAGAUAACAGGGACUAUGGAGUGGACGCUGUCCCACUUGGAAACAAUCAAAUCUAUAUGCAUUCAACAAAUAGACACUCAAAAAUUACCACCAAAGGAGGACCUUGUUGGAAUAACUGUAACCAUCAACGGAACUUCGUUUUCCAAUAUAUCGGAUGAGAAUGCCUCUUUGCCCUUAACUGUUUUUACCGAUGAGAUAUUUGAGGAAAUCCAAAGCGUUUCUUGUCCACAUGAGUGUAGCGGAUUCGGAAUCUGUGUCAACGGUUCUUGUAUAUGUGAGAAAGACCAUAUCGGAGAAGAUUGCUCUUUAGACUCGACAAGGCCUCCAGAUAUGAUCGGAAUCCCAGAUGAAGGUUUUUGCGACUUAAAAGAACGAGCUUGUAAGAAAACAUCUGUGUAUGGAGACAAUCUUAUUUUUGAAAAUCAGGUCAAAUGCAACAUUGAGCCUUUCGAGAUUAACGUACGAAAUGAUAUUUUGUCUGAAGAAAAAUACCAAGUGACAGGCGUGCCGCAGACGUUCAUGGAAGUGUCCUGCCCUCUUGAACCAAGCAAGAAACGCUCUAUAGACGGCGGUGCCGAUAUUAACGACAUCAUAGCUAGAGCUUACAAUAUUUCACUGAGUAACGAUGGUCUGAACUUUAGCGAAGAAGACACGUUCCUAGUGUACGACUCAGCUUGUGUAACAUGCAGCAAGACAUCUGGUGCUAUACGAUGUCUCAAACAGAGCGGUUUGUGCAUGACUGAUGGAGAAUGCUAUGGUCCGGGCGACAAACUUGGUUGCUACACCUGUGCUGUUUCUGGGGCUGGAUCCGCUGUCUGGCAACCAGGACCAGACUGCAGCAAACCUUCGAAUGAUCGGCCUAACUCCGGUGGUGAACAGAUAACUGCUGAAUAUACGCUUCUGUUGGCCUUUUUGGCCGUUGCCUUUGGACUUUGAUGAUGCUUCAAUCGUCUAUUCUUCUAUUGUUAUAAAACUUUCUAUUUUAUGCAUAAUGUUUACCUUUAGACGACAAAUAAUAUCAAAUACAAGUAGCAUAUUUUUAUUAGCGCCUAACAAACAUAAUAUUUCUAUCAUGUUUUCUUUCGAAAUUUUAAUUUUCCAAAUGUCAAAAUAAUUUCAAAAACAUUUAGGCUCAUUAUUUUUAACUCCAUGUGCGUGCAUUUAUUUUAUGCCACAACUAGAGCUAGGAAAAAUGAUGAAUAUGACAUGUCUUGAUAAAGUUUUUGCAAUGCUUGUCUUUGAUAUAUUUGAUUUAGCUAAACAUGUACACUGUGGUUGAUCCUAUAUACAUGUCGAAACCUCUUGUCACUGUUAUUUAUCAUGUUUUGUUUUCAAAUCACGUGUAGUAAUAGACACAAAAUAUUUCUUUACAUAGUUCUAUUUCAGUAAUGAAACGCUUCUACUUCAUAUAAUGAGUUUUUUCAUUCAUUAAUCUGUGAUCAUCGUUAGGACAUUUAUACUUUUCUAUAAUAUACAUGUGUAUGCUUAUGAACCGCUUUGCAGAUUUUGUAAUAAUGUAUUUAAAUAAAUCAUUGAGUUGAGUCAAGAAUACAAUAAAUUCAAAUGCACUUUGGCAUUUUGUUGGCUGAUCAUAAACAGUUUUAUACCCUGUAAUUUAUAGUCGCUCAGUGUGAAACACGUUACCAAUCAAAUGAUCUUAAAACUGGUCGUACAAAUCUUGAAUAUUUUGUAAUGUAUGUACUAAAUAAAUAUAAAUCAAUCGAUCUCUGUGGCGUUGCAAAUUUCCACAAAUGUAGUGAAGUAUCAAUAUAAGAUGCAACUGGUCCAAUGCACAACCUCUGGGCACUACAGUUUUAGAGAAGAUUUUAGCCAUAUAGCGAAAACAAUUAACCCAAAAGGAUAUCCAAAUUUUGACCAUAUAUUAAACC